GUCAGUACAGUUAAUGUCAUUUUUAUUGUCAAACAAAACGUGAUUCGGAAUCAUAACACAACUUUAGGAAAUAAUUCUACCUUUAUGAUUUAGCAAUUUGUAAUCAUGAGAGACGUAUUUUUAUCUAAUUGUGAAAAGAACUUUAUAAAUAAAGUUGUAGUUGAAGGCCAUCGUUUAGAUGGUAGAACUUAUGAUGAAAGCAGAUCACUGAACAUAUCUUUUGGAUCGGAUUAUGGAAGCUGUUUGGUUUCAUUGGGAGAAACAAAGGUACUAGCAAAUGUAUCAUGUGAAGUAGUACAGCCAAAACAAAUAAGACCUAAUGAAGGAACCAUUUACAUUAAUUUAGAGAUAAGUCCCAUGGCAGCUCCACAGUUUGAAGCCAAUCGGCAGACUGAGUUAUCUGUGUACCUCAACAGAUUGCUAGAAAAAUGUUACAAAGACUCAAAGUGUGUUGACCUAGAGUCCUUGUGCAUUGUUGUUGAAGAAAAGGUCUGGUCCCUGCGUGUAGAUAUUAAAGUUCUAAAUCAUGAUGGAAACAUAAUAGAAUGUGCAAGUAUAGCUACCAUAACUGCUUUAGCUCACUUCAGGAGGCCAGAUGUUACUCGCAGUGGUGACAGUGUCAUUAUACAUGAUAUUUCUGAGAGAGAUCCCAUACCUACAGUAUUAUUCCAUUACCCUGUAUGCACAACUUAUGCUAUAUUUAAUAAUGAUGUGCUACUAUCUGACCCCAAUUUUCUGGAAGAGCAAGUGUGCACUAGCUUCUCUGAAGAAUCGGACACAGCUGGAGGGCUGUUAGUGAUCGGAGUGAACCAGUACAAAGAAGUAUGUGUUAUGAACUUAACUGGGGCUGCUAUACAAGGCACCAAUCUUCUUAACAAGGCUUUGAGUGGAGCAGGUGACAAGUGCAAAGAAAUCGUUGAUAUGGUGAAGAAAGCAAUUGUCCAUGAUGAUACCCUUAGGCAAAAAAGGACAAAGAUAAACUUCUCUGAUAUAAUAACUCAAGAUCAUUUGCUGUGCUUGAGUAAAAAGGAUCUGAGUAUCAAACUAAAACAUUAUAACAUUGAUGAUGCAGUGGAAAACGAUGAAAUGGAUGAAGAUGAUUCUGAGCCAGAACCUAGCAAAUAUGAUGUUGUGGCAUCUAUACCUCAAACAGCAGAAAUACAAACAAAGAAGGGAGCUUCACAAUGGAUAGAAAUUUCAUCAGAUUCUGAGGACGACUGAAAUAAUACACAUAUGCUUGUUAAAUAAAAUGUAAUAAAUUUACAUUUUAAAACUUUCUGUUAUUAUAAUCUCUCUUAACAGUUACUAUAUUAGCCAUUGCAUGUCCCUCGUCAAUUAACAAUCAUAUCAUUUGACACUGAAAAGUAUUCAACUAUAAUACAGAAAAUAUUAUCUAACUACAUUAGGAAGAAGGCAAUAAAUAGAAAAGUUCAUGCGGAUGCUAAAUGAAAAAAAUGUUGUGGAAUUAAAAAAUAAUACAUUGUAAAACAUUCACUCAUUCAAAUUAUAAAGAAUUUUGCAGGUGUACAAUUUGGCAUGAAGUAAUAUACUUCAAAUAUCUUUGCAAUUGAUUCUCAAUCUUUAUCUUAGUUUUAUUGUAGAAUGCAGAUUGAAAAUAAGAAGAAAUAUAAAUUCGAAACUAUAAAUCUACUUAUACUAUGUUAAAUCUACACACUUUCAACUAUAAUAAAUUACAGUCAUAUCAACAUUAUUCUACACUGAGUCAGAGUUCAUCCCAUUUUUCUGGUCUAAUUUAUUACCAUUUGUCUUCACCAUAUAAAUAAAAUAAGUCAUAAUUUCCUUUUCAUUCACAGGUAAUGA